AUGCCUCUCCGCCAGGAGGUGGCCAUUAAAGUGAUCGACGCCGGGACGAUCCGCAAGAGCUACGUCGUUAAGAACAUUGCCAGAGAAGCCAAGUUGCUUUCCGUUCUCCACCACCCUGGGAUUGUCAGGCUCUACGAGACGAUACAGUGUGGAUCGGUGUACUAUCUGGUGACGGAGCUAGCGAGUGGCGGUGAUCUCUUUUCGCACAUUAAACGACAACCUUCGGGUCGCCUAGAAGAGAAGACGGUGAAGGUUUACGGCAGACAAUUGGUGGCUGCAUUGGACCACAUGCAUUCCAGGGGAGUGGUGCAUCGAGAUCUCAAGAUGGAGAACAUCAUGCUGCAGGAUGCGCUCAAGGAGCGAAUAAAAGUCGUAGAUUUCGGGUUGGGCAAUUUCUACACGAGGGACAAUCCCCUGAAGACGCACUGCGGUUCCCCGGAAUAUGCCGCGCCGGAACUCUUCGUCCUCGGCAAGAAGUACGGACCGGAAGUAGACCUUUGGAGCCUAGGAGUAGUCCUGUACGGAAUGGCGACCGGUAGCCUGCCGUUCCUGAGUCCUGAGGAUGGCCAAACGUCCUCGGAGGAACGGCGCAGGAGGUUGAUGACCCAAAUUAAUCGUGGCUUCACCACGCUGCAGGAGAAAAGGAUCACCACGAUGUCCGUCGAGUACAAGAACCUUGUAAGUCGCCUGCUGACUCCGGCCGCCCACAAGAGGAUCACCAUCAAGGAACUGUGCUACCAUCCUUGGAUCGCUGCCCGGCAAAAAACCACGGCCAAGGUCACGUCGGAAGACAAUUUGGAUGCCGUCGAGCACAACGCGAUCCUGGAAGAGAUCGCGGAAGCGACGAGUUUGGACAGGGCCACCAUAGAAGCGGAUAUUGUUCAGAAGAAAUAUGGGGAAAUUGGCGGCAUGUACAAUAUCAAGGCUCACGAGAUGCUAAAGAUUGCCUCAGCGAAUGUGGUCCAGGUUCAGUCUUGGCAAGCCGUUCAGACCUGGAAGCAGAAGUCUGAUCAGCCGUCUGAAAAUUCUGAAUUCCUCGCAAAGGAUGAGAAGAUGCCGAGGAACUCGAUGAUCGUUCAUCCUGAGUCUAGUUUGAGCGAGAGGUGUCGGAUUAGGUCUGGCAAAAUUGCAACAAAGCCAUUGUUCAAAGAGAGACGUUGCUCCACGUUGCUCCCAGAGAGGUCCAGGAUGGAUACUUCGUCUCUACAAGAUCAAUCUUGGAGAAUGAGACCAAUUCCCGUAUUUUCGACGAACCUCGACACUCUUCAACGGAAGCUCAAGAAAUCCGAGGCCAAAGGAAACGCAAACCGCGGCCGAACAAAUAGUAAAAAAAGUUUCGCCGAAAGGCCCGUAACCCAGCCAAAGAUUAAACAAAACGUACAUCCUAGCGUGUCUUCACCAUGCAACGUAUCACGGCAACAUUAUUGCUUAUCUCCUCCAAAAGUUGAUCAGAAUCCUAAACAAUGGUGGUGCAACAAAGAAGAGGAUUCCCCGAUUUGCCAGGAGGAAUUAUUGGCCCCAAUUUCUACCCAGGGAGAUUGUAUUGCAGUACCACCAACACCAUUUCCGUCUAAAAACACACGAUCACCACAAUCAAUUGGUCCAAUAAUGAGCCAGAGAACAAAGUACCCUCAACGACACCUUUCCAGGUGA